AUGGGUGUACCCUCACUGUUCAGAUGGCUACAACUCUCCCACAAGGAAACAAUACACAGUAUCAUGGAAAAGCCUUCAGUAGACGCCCUGUACUUAGACUUCAAUGCAAUAAUCCACACCUGCAUCAAGCCUGGGCUAGGAUCUGAGGAGGAGAUCGAAAGGGACCUCUACAAGACUGUAGGGGACUUCAUUGACCACAUUCUCCUUAAGACACGCCCCAGAAAGCUGUUAUACAUAGCAGUUGAUGGGGUUGCACCACGUGCGAAGCUAAGCCACCAGCGGGCGCGUAGAUACAAGUCUGCCCUUGGGAAGAAGGAGGGGAGUGCUGUCAUAGCUGCUGCCAAAGCGGAUCCCACUAUGUCAUCGCCAAGCGAGAAGAAGGAUGAGAUUCCCAACGAGGAGUUCACGGGAGAGAGCUCUCUAUAUGACAAGUUCAUUGCAGAGGACCCUUCUGAGUCGUCCUCCCUUGCCAUAGAUGUGGAGACAGAGAAGUUCGAUUUGAACUGCAUCACUCCCGGGACUCCCUUUAUGGAGAGACUCCACAAGGUUUUAAUUUCCUACAUUCAAUGCAAGCUCAGCAGUGAUCCUGAGGUUUCCAAUCUAAGGAUAAUCUACUCCAGCUAUCUAGUUCCUGGGGAGGGAGAGCAGAAGAUCAUGAGCUUUAUACGGAGCCAGGGGUCGAUUGCAAGGAAUGACGUCCAUAUGAUCUAUUCGCCGGACGGAGACCUGAUAUUUCUUGGGCUUUCCUUGCAAAGGAACAGGGUCUUGAUAAUGAGAGAUUAUUUCAGCCCAAGCAAGGAGCGCAGGAAGAGAACUUGCACGAAGUGUGGACGGACCGGCCACUCCGACGAAGAAUGCGGGGUGUUCACCAACUACCACUUUGUGUAUGUCAACAUCUCGGAGCUUAGGACACGGCUUAUCAGAGAGUUCAGGAGGCACACAGCACAGAGAUUUAGCGAAGAGAGGAUUCUAGACGACUGGAUAUUCCUCUGCUUCCUCCUUGGAAACGACUUUGUUCCUCCAAUCCCAUGCCUGGACAUAAGAUUCCACUCCAUUGAGACUAUUACUGAAAUCAUGAUGAAGAGCUUUUCCGAGAUGAAGUCGUACAUUACGUGUAAUAAGAUGAUAAACUACCAGGCGCUGAGAAACUUCUAUGCAAUUCUUGCAAGUAAGGAGGACGGUCUGUACCACCGGAAGUCGCAGUCCCUGGACAAGUUCCGGGAGGGGCUGAAGGGCAUGCCAAGGAUUGUUUAUGAAAAGAUUCCAAUCCACACGAAGACAGGGAAAGUCCAGUACUACACUUCGAAGCUGAAUGCAACCACAGAGUCUGAUAUCAAGAACAUAUGCUACGAGUAUGUGAAGGGCCUCUAUUGGGUGUACUCGUAUUAUGUUCUCGGGUGGACCGGAUGGGACUGGUAUUAUCCAUAUCACUUUGCACCUCUUGCAGCAGAUCUAUCCAAGCUCUCCAUCAACGAUAUCCAGAUCAGCCCCGGACAUCCUCUGAGGCCUCUUGAGCAGCUUCUUGUUGUUCUGCCUCCAAUGAGCCGCGGGAUGGUUCCUGAGGGGCUCCAGCCUAUAUUUGACGACUACAAGGAUUACUACCCAGAAGAUGUGAAGACCGACAUGUUUGACAAGGUUUAUCUGUGGCAGGAAAUUGUCCUUCUUCCGUUUAUGGACUUCCGGCCUAUCCUAUCUGAAAAUGCCGUGAAGUUCAACACUCUGGGAUACGAGGAUCUGAGCAGAAACCUAAGGAGUCUAGACCUGCUUUUCACAACCGACAAGAAGUCCUCUGAGGUUAUUCUGGGCAUGUACUCUAAACUGAAGCCAAUGUGCUCAAUCAGAAGCCCUGGAUAUUUUGGGACCAUCUGCCCCUAUUCGUUUGCCAGCUUUCCUGGAGAUGUGCUUGAGUAUAAUGGCGCAAGAUUUGUUAACAAGACUGUCGUUGCCUUCAUAGAGCCCAGGAAUUAA